AUGGCUCUCGCUUCGACCAGCGCGCAGCCGCUGUACAAGACGCCGGCCGCCUCCUCGUUCCGCUUCUCCAACUUGUGUGGGACAGUAUACCGCCAGGGCAACGUCGUGUUCACGCCAGACGGCAACUCGGUGAUCAGCCCGGUGGGCAACAGGGUCUCGGUGUUCGACCUUGUCAAUAACAAGUCACGCACACUCGCCUUUGAGAACCUGAAGAAUAUCGCUCGCCUCGCUCUCUCGCCCGACUCGUCCGUCCUGAUCAGCGUCGACGAAGACGGCCGUGCUGUCCUCGUCAACUUCAAGCGCUCGACUGUCCUGCACCACUUCAACUUCAAGAAGGCGGUCCGAGACAUCAAGUUCUCGCCCGAUGGCAAGUUCAUUGCUGUGACACACGGCUCGCAAGUCCAGGUCUGGCAGAAUCCGUCACACCUCGCCCGCGAGUUCGCGCCCUUCAACCUCCACCGUACCUACACUGGUCACUACGACGAUGUGCUCUCGAUUACUUGGAGCGCCGACUCGAGGUUCUUCUUGACGACGUCGAAGGACAUGACUGCUCGGCUGUACACGCUGUACCCUGUCGAGGGAUACCGACCGAAGACGUUCGCUGGGCACCGGGACGCCGUCCUCGCGGCCUACUUCGCGGAGGACCAUAAGACCAUCUACACGGUCUCGCGGGAUGGAGCGGUCUUCACGUGGAGCAAGAAGGCGGACGAAGAGGCGGACUCGGACGACGAGGAUGAGGAAAUGGCGGUCGGUCUCGCUCCUCAGGCCUCGACUUCGACAGGACCCGACAACGCCAUCGCACUCACCCGAUGGGGCGUCCAGCAGCGCCACUACUUCAUGCAGGCUGGCGCAAAGGUCGUCUCGACGACCUGGCACGCCCCGUCGAACCUCCUCAUCGUCGGCUUUUCAACCGGUGUUUUCGGCCUGUGGGAGAUGCCGAGCUUCACGAACGUCCACACACUCUCGGUCUCGCAGGAGAAGAUCACGUCGGUCGCCGUCAACGCCUCGGGCGAGUGGCUCGCUUUCGGCGCGAGCAAGCUCGGCCAGCUCCUCGUCUGGGAGUGGCAGUCCGAGUCGUACGUGCUCAAGCAGCAGGGGCACUAUUUCGACAUGAACACGCUGUCGUUCAGCGCGGACGGUCAGCAGGUCGCGACGGGCGGAGACGACGGCAAGGUCAAGAUCUGGAACGCGACGAGCGGGUUCUGCUUCGUCACGUUCGAGGACCAUUCGUCAGCCGUGACGGCGGUCGAGUUCGCCAAGCAGGGACAGGUCGUCUUCUCCGCCUCGCUCGACGGGACAGUCCGAGCAUUCGACUUGAUCCGCUACCGCAACUUCCGCACCUUCACCACCCCCUCGCCCGUCCAAUUCAACUCGCUGGCAGUCGACCCUUCAGGCGAGAUCGUUUGCGCAGGAGGCGCCGGCGACGGCUUCGAGAUCUACAUGUGGAGCACGCAGACGGGCAAGCUCAUCGACAUCCUAGCCGGCCACGAAGGGCCCGUCUCGGCACUCGCGUUCUCUCCGCUCGGCGACCGCCUCGUCUCGGCGUCGUGGGACAAGUCGAUCCGGGUGUGGGACACGUACGGGCGGAGCUCGACGGUCGAGCCGUUCCAGCUCAAGGCGGAUGCGCUGGCGCUGGCGUUCCGGCCAGAUGGGAAGGAGGUGGCAGUCUCGACGCUCGACGGGCAGAUCUCAUUCUGGGACGUCAAGAACGGCGUGCAGCGGACGUUGAUCGAGGGGAGGAAGGACGUCUCGGGUGGACGCAAGGCGGACGAUCGCGUCACGGCGGCCAACAACUCGUCGGGCAAGUCGUUCAACUCGCUCAGCUACACGGCAGACGGGUCGUGCGUGCUCGCUGGCGGCAACAGCAAGCACGUCUGCUUGUACGACGCGCGGGAUGGCGUCCUCCUCCGGCGGUUCCAGAUCUCGCAGAACCUGUCGCUCGACGGCACGCAAGAGUUCCUCGACUCGCGCAAGUUGACGGAGGCAGGACCGAUGGAGCUCAUCGACGACCGAGGGGACUUGUCGGACCUCGAGGACCGGCUGGACAAGACAGUGCCUGGCGCACGGAGCGGCGACAUGUCGAAGCGCAAGUACCGUCCCGAGGCGCGGACAAAGUGCGUGCGCUUCUCGCCGACGGGACGAAGCUGGGCCGCCGCGUCAACCGAGGGGUUGCUCGUCUACUCGCUCGACGACUCGAUUACGUUCGACCCGUUCGAGCUCGACGUCGACAUUACGCCUUCGUCGAUCCUCGAGACGCUGAACGAGGAACGACACUACCUCAAGGCACUGGUCAUGUCUUUGCGACUGAACGAGCGACCGCUCAUUCAGACCGUCUACGAGGCCAUCCCCCCCUCUGCCGUCCCGCUCCUCACCCGCCAACUGCCCGUCACCUACCUCGACCCCGUCCUCCGCUUCCUCGCCACCCAGCUGGAAAAGUCCCCGCACGUCGAGUUCCACCUCGUGUGGAUCUCGUCGCUCUUUGCCGCGCACGGGAAACACCUCCGCCAGUACUCGAGCCAGCAUGCGGCGACGUUUAGGGGGUUGCAGAAGGGCUUGACGGACGUGCAGGAGUCGAUUGUGCGCUUGUCGGACGACAACUCGUUCACGCUGCAGUUUGUGCUCGACCAGCAGCAGCGGCGCAAGGAGAGCGACGAGAAGAUGGAGGCGGAGGCGGAUGGUUUGAACGGGUUUGAUACGCGAAGGAUGGAGAUCGAGCUGUAA